UGUCCACGCUGACCACCCAGCCUUCCCGCUGCGGAUGUCAUGAGUAACACCACAGUGCCCAAUGCCCCCCAAGCCAACAGGGACUCCAUGGUAAUGUAUGUGCAGAAGAAAAAGCGAGUGGACCAGCUUCGCCAUCACCUGCUCCCCAUUUACAGCUUCGACCCCGCGGAGGAACUGCAUGAGGCCGAGAAGAAGCUGCUCUUGGAUGUGGGGGACCCCAAGGUGGUACACAGCUGGCAGAGUAGCGACCAGCACACGCUGAUGCCCCUGCUGGACGUCAAGACCUGACCUCACCCCC